AUGCCAGCCGCUAGAUUGGUUGGUGCUUUGGGUGUCAUCAUGGUUGGUGAUGAACGGGCUAGAGGGCUGGGUUUCUUUUGCAACAGAGAAGAGAGAGAGUCCAUGGCUGAAGCUGAUAAGCUACACGUAGUUUUGUUCCCAUGGCUAGCCUUUCGUCACAUUAUCCCAUUCUUAGAGCUUUCCAAGCCCAUAGCUGGAAAGGGUCACAAAGUCUCCUUCAUAUCAACCCCUAGAAACAUUGAUCGAUUGCCAAAAUUUCCUCCAAACUCAGCUCCUCUACUGAGUUUAGUGAAGCUCCCUUUACCCCGAGUCGACAACCUCCCUGAACACGCAGAGGCCACCAUUGACGUGCCCUACGACAAGGUCCAAUAUUUGAAAAAAGCCUUCGAUGGUCUCCAAACUGAGUUGACUCAGUUCCUCAAGAUCUCAAACCUCGAUUGGAUCAUCUAUGACUUUCCCCCUCACUGGUUGCCCCAAAUUGCAAGUCAACUUGGGAUUUCACUUGCCUUCUUUAGUACAGUCAAUGCAUGGUCCGGGGCUUUCUUUGGAUCGGCGAUCACCAUGGCGAACUCCGCUGAUUAUCGUACGAAGCUGGAGGACUUUACCGUAGCACCGAAAUGGGUUCCAUUUCCAUCUUGUAUCGCUUUUUGGCUCCAUGAGAUAAAGAGAUUGUACAACCGUGUUGAUGAUAAUAUUUUUGGCAUUUCAGACGCGUUGCGUUUUGGGAAGACUGUAAUGGGAUGCGACGUGUUUCUCAUAAGGAGCUAUACAGAGCUUGAACCUAGCUGGUUGCACCUCUUGCAAGAGCUCCAACAAAAGCCAGUUGUUGCAGUAGGUUUAUUGCCACCCUCAUUCCAAGGCGACAAGGGUGGCAAGGAUGAUACUUGGCACACAAUCAAUCUCCAACAAAAGCCAGUUGUUGCAGUAGGUUUAUUGCCACCCUCGUUCCAAGGCGACAAGGGUGGCAAGGAUGAUACUUGGCACACAAUCAAUGUAUGGCUGGACAUACAAGAGAAAGAGUCUGUUGUAUACAUAGCACUCGGGAGCGAGGUGACACCGAGUCAAGCUGAACUCACAGAGUUGGCUCUAGUGUUAGAGCUUUGUGGUCUGCCCUUCUUUUGGGCUCUAAGGAAGCAGCAUGACUCGGCCAACUCAUUUGAGUUACCAGAUGGGUUCCUAGAGCGAACCGAAGAUGGGUUCCUAGAGCGAACCGAAGGUCGUGGAGUUGUAUGGACUAGUUGGGUGCCUCAACUCAGGAUACUAGCACAUGACUCGGUGGGUGGUUUCGUGACUCGUUGCGAUUGGAGUUCAGUCAUUGAAGGACUCCAAUUUGGGCGGCCAUUGAUUAUGCUGCCUUACUUGGGAGACCAAGGGUUGAUUGCUAGGGUUUUGGAGGAGAAGAGAGUGGGAAUAGGGAUACCAAGUGAUGGCGUUAACGCACUUUUACAAAAGAUGAGCUGGGAUUACGUUAGGUUGNAAGUGGGAAUAGGGAUACCAAGUGAUGGCGUUAACGCACUUUUACAAAAGAUGAGCUGUGAUUACGUUAGGUUGCUAAGAUGA